UCAAUUGCUAGGGUUUUUGAGCCGCUAUAAAGCCUUGUGAAGAGAUCAUAUCCCCAUUCUUUCAUUUCCAUAUAAUCUCUCUCGGCGGCUCGAUUUUUCAUUUUCAGGGUUCGUUGAAGUUUAACUUCGAAGUCCCUUUGAUAUAUUGGCUUAAAUAGCCUGUGUAUUUGAAGAGCAGCCAAAAUGGUGAAGUUUACAGCAGAAGAGCUCCGUGCAAUCAUGGACCGCAAACAUAACAUUCGUAACAUGUCUGUCAUUGCUCAUGUGGAUCAUGGAAAAUCCACAUUGACUGAUUCUUUGGUGGCUGCUGCUGGUAUUAUUGCCCAAGAAGUGGCGGGUGAUGUACGAAUGACUGAUACCCGUGCUGAUGAAGCUGAACGUGGUAUCACCAUUAAGUCCACUGGGAUUUCUCUGUACUAUGAGAUGUCUGAUGAAUCUUUGAAGAAUUUUAAGGGAGAGCGUAAGGGCAACGAAUAUCUCAUCAACCUUAUCGAUUCCCCUGGACACGUCGACUUUUCAUCAGAGGUCACAGCUGCCCUUCGUAUUACUGAUGGUGCCCUUGUCGUGGUUGAUUGUAUCGAGGGUGUCUGUGUCCAGACAGAGACUGUCCUUCGUCAGGCUCUUGGUGAGAGAAUCAGGCCUGUCCUUACUGUGAACAAGAUGGACCGAUGCUUCCUUGAGCUUCAGGUUGAGGGAGAGGAGGCUUACACAACAUUCCAGAAGGUUAUUGAGAAUGCAAAUGUCAUCAUGGCUACCUAUGAGGAUCCACUUCUAGGUGAUGUCCAAGUUUACCCUGAGAAAGGAACUGUUGCUUUCUCAGCUGGUCUCCACGGGUGGGCAUUUACUCUCACUAACUUUGCUAAGAUGUAUGCCUCCAAGUUUGGUGUUGAUGAGGCCAAGAUGAUGGAGCGUCUUUGGGGUGAGAACUACUUUGACCCAGCUACCAAGAAGUGGACCACCAAGAACACUGGUUCUGCUACAUGUAAGCGUGGGUUUGUUCAGUUUUGUUAUGAGCCGAUCAAGCAGAUCAUUGCUACUUGCAUGAAUGAUCAAAAAGAUAAGUUGUGGCCUAUGUUGACCAAGCUUGGAGUCCAGUUGAAGACUGAAGAGAAAGAAUUGAUGGGAAAGGCAUUGAUGAAGCGUGUCAUGCAGACCUGGCUUCCAGCUAGCACUGCUUUGCUUGAAAUGAUGAUUUAUCAUUUGCCAUCCCCAGCAACAGCUCAGAGAUAUCGUGUGGAGAACUUGUAUGAAGGGCCUAUGGAUGAUCCCUAUGCUACAGCCAUUAGGAACUGUGAUCCUGAAGGUCCUCUGAUGCUUUACGUGUCAAAAAUGAUUCCUGCUUCUGAUAAGGGUAGGUUCUUUGCAUUCGGUCGUGUAUUUUCUGGUAAGGUUUCCACUGGUUUGAAGGUCAGGAUUAUGGGACCCAAUUAUGUUCCUGGUGAGAAGAAGGAUCUUUACGUCAAGAAUGUCCAGAGAACUGUCAUUUGGAUGGGGAAGAAGCAAGAAACUGUUGAGGAUGUUCCUUGUGGUAACACUGUUGCCAUGGUCGGUUUGGAUCAGUUUAUCACAAAAAAUGCCACCCUCACAAAUGAGAAGGAAACUGAUGCACACCCAAUUCGUGCCAUGAAGUUUUCUGUCUCUCCCGUUGUCCGUGUUGCCGUACAAUGUAAGGUUGCAUCUGAUCUUCCCAAGCUUGUUGAAGGUCUCAAACGUCUGGCCAAGUCAGAUCCUAUGGUUGUCUGUACCAUCGAGGAAUCUGGCGAGCACAUUAUUGCUGGAGCUGGUGAGCUUCAUCUUGAGAUCUGUUUGAAGGAUCUUCAAGAAGACUUCAUGGGAGGUGCUGAAAUCAUUAAGUCUGAUCCUGUUGUGUCCUUCCGUGAAACUGUCCUUGAGAGGUCUUGUCGCACUGUGAUGAGCAAGUCUCCCAACAAGCACAACCGUCUUUACAUGGAAGCUCGCCCUAUGGAAGACGGGCUUGCUGAGGCUAUUGAUGAUGGCCGAAUUGGCCCUAGGGAUGACCCAAAGAACCGCUCCAAGAUCCUUGCUGAGGAAUUUGGUUGGGAUAAGGAUCUUGCAAAGAAAAUCUGGUGUUUUGGUCCAGAAACCACCGGGCCUAACAUGGUGGUUGAUAUGUGUAAGGGAGUUCAGUACCUUAAUGAAAUUAAGGACUCAGUUGUUGCUGGUUUCCAAUGGGCCUCAAAGGAAGGUGCUUUGGCGGAAGAGAAUAUGAGAGGCAUCUGCUUUGAAGUUUGUGAUGUGGUUCUCCAUGCCGAUGCCAUCCAUCGUGGAGGUGGUCAGAUUAUCCCAACUGCUAGGAGAGUCUUUUAUGCUUCUCAGCUUACUGCUAAGCCCAGAUUGUUGGAACCAGUGUACCUUGUCGAGAUCCAAGCCCCCGAACAAGCUCUUGGUGGUAUCUACAGUGUUCUGAACCAGAAGCGUGGACAUGUGUUUGAAGAGAUGCAGAGGCCAGGGACCCCACUCUACAACAUCAAAGCAUACCUCCCUGUCGUUGAAUCUUUUGGGUUUUCAGGUACAUUGAGAGCUGCUACAUCCGGUCAGGCCUUCCCACAAUGUGUGUUUGAUCACUGGGAGAUGAUGGCGUCCGAUCCCCUUGAGGCUGGUUCACAAGCUUCUACCCUUGUGGCUAAUAUCCGUAAGAGGAAGGGGUUGAAAGAGCAAAUGACCCCGCUUUCCGAGUUUGAAGACAAACUAUAAGUUAUUUUCUGAAACGAACUUGUUUUUUUGUUUUGUUUUUUUGGUAAGUUAUUAUUCCAUCUUUUUCCCCUUUAAUUUUUUUUAAAAAAACUGGUUUAAUAUGCUGAGGACCUGUAAUCCUGUUGGAACUUUUGAACAUUGUAGUUUUGCCUUCUAAUUGUUUGCACUUAAAACA